GUCAAGUUCCGUACGUCUCCGGCGCACCAUAUCCUGCUUGCUUUCGUUGCGGAUUCCAUGCCUCUGUCUUGCCUGUCAUAUUCGAGAGGCGGGUUGUUGCUGCACCCACGUUCGGCCUGAUGCUCGCUUUUGGUUUCGUUCGCUGGUAAUCUCGAGCGCAACCACACAUCAGAACGCGCCUUAUACCGCUUGGUCCAUCGAUAGGCUCCAAGACAAGCCAAAUUACGCCCGUCGCGCUCUCAACGUGGCGAUGAUGCCCAAAUCGCCGCUUCCGCACUUGUUCGCUCGCGACGUGGAACCGUUCCCCGAAGGAGCCAAUGCAACAGAUGCGUUGAUCAACGGCGUCCAUUAUAAUCUCACGGCACUUCGACACUGGAACUACACACUGUACACGAACAACACAUUGUCGAACAACUCGAACUGCUACCUGGUCUUCGACAAAUACAAACCUGUUUUUCUCUCCAACGGCACGUGGAUUAACGGCACAACGUGCUACGUGCCAAUCUCGGCGAUUAAAGAGCGCGGGAAGUUGGGUAUUGCCUUCGCGACGCUGUUUUCGGUGUGUCUACUGUUUGUUCUGGUGAAUUUGAAGAAGCAUGGAACUCAGUAUCUGAGGGAAGACAAGAGAUUCAGGCUCGUAGGAAGGAGAUGGCAGUGGUAUUGGAUGAUUUUCGUGUGUGCGUGUGGGCUUAUUGGGACGAUAUCAAGUGUGGAUGUGGAUAGAGAUUAUUUACCAGAUAUUGCGAUCAUACUGCAGUCCUUCUUCUUCUGCCUGAUGUAUUCAGGCACGAUGGCCGCUGUGUGGGAGGCCGUUCGGCAUUGGGGCUCGUGGCAGGAGCGUCAGAUUGUGGAUCGCGAUCAGUUUGCUCUGAGACAGGACGACCGUCGUGCCAGAAGAGAGUUCUACAUGCCCUUGAUAUUCUACCUGUUUGCCUGGCUUAACUUCUUCAUGACAAUACCCCGCCCGUGGACACCAAUCGAGAAGCAAAGAUCGCCAGAGCAACAAGCUGCCAUCGCUGCGGCUGCGGGAACGGACGCCCGCUUCAAAGCUGGCAGCGUAAUAAUGGUUGCCGCAUACGCAGUCAUCAUCUUCUCUCUCCAGCACAGCCUUCACUAUUAUCGCCCUAACGAGCGUGGUGUCCGCCCGCUCAUACGCAGUUGCUCCACAAGCUGCCCGACCAAACUGUUCCUCGCUAUUGCCAUUCUCGGUGUACGAGUAGCAUAUGGCAUUGCCAGUGCGUGGAUAUGGGAGAUUUCUAUCCUCAAAUACGACGGCAACCCUGCCUGGGCUUUCGGCUUUGGAUACGUACCCACCGUGCUCAUCAUGGUCGUCCUCAUCAUCGCGGGACUGAUAGAGGAGAACGAAGAUCAGAGCCUGAUCAAGCAGCGUCGAGCUCGGGGAAGAGCUACUGAUGCUGAAUUGGGCAUCACGCGAAAACCUGCGUGGUGGAGAAAGGGUGCUAGGGACUACGUCAACGACGUGCAGAGGCUACGAGAUCUGGCUUCAGAGGCUGGGGGUGUCCAGGCAAAGUCGAAAACGUUCAGCUCAGCCAUUGCGCCGGAUAGCUGGACUCGAACAGGGGAAAAAGGAUAUUCAGAUUUGGCGUCGAAGAACGGGCCGCCGACAGAGAGCAUUUCAACGAGCACGGCGCCUGAAGUUGGGCUUAGCUCAAGCAGCCAAAAUGUGGAUUACGAGUCACCUUUCAUAGACCAGGCUCAGUUGCACAACAGUAACGAAACUGUAUCGCUGAAGUCAGGUGUGAAGCGUUCCAGCUGCAGCGUUGCAACAGACGUAACAAUUGGUAGUGGCGAGACGCAAAGGACGAGUACGACGCUGAACUUUCCUCAACAGAAGGUUAGGAGUAUGUUAGAUGUGUAAACGAAAGCCGUGCGACGCGUAUCGACGUGCGAACAAUAAUAUGCUAUUGGCUGCUAGUCGACGUCGUCUGUUUCGCAUCCAUUAUUAUGAACGGCGUUAGGCGAGGUAUAUUUCAUGCCGAAUGGGAAGUUCAGCAGCACCCGCCCCUCGCGCUGAGCUGGACCUAGCUGGCAUGUCCUCUGUCCAGGAUGUUCACGAGCAGUAUAGCUUACAUGCAGGUUUACGCUUUCCAUGGGGUAGCUGAGCAAGGGCCAGAGCCCGUCAUCAAUACGGCCAAUAAGCCUCUUUUUUUAAUGAGAGAGCCCAGGUCGCCACGCGAGGUGCUCAGCCCACCAACUACACAUCAAUGCGUCGAAGCAUUAGAUUAGAUAAGCAUGCUCCUUUCGAGCUAAAUUAGGCUGAGUGUUCACAUCCUAGACGCGUAGCGACACGCUGAAAACGACUGGGAAAGUGGUUUUGUAGAGCGUUACGUAUGCCUUGGAUAUACAGUAGCAGGCAUGAGCUGAGGCUUGCCGAAACAAAAGUAGUUCUACUCUAUGCUAUUUUGAAAUUGAGUCGCUGUACGGUGUCGAUGAAUUUGAUAUACUUGGAAAGGGGGAAUGAGAACUUCGUUUUGCACGUCAUUAAUUAACGUCGCCAAU